AUGCGCUUUUACCUUUCUCGCACCGUCAUCAAAUCACUUGUGCAGCAGCAACUUAAGAAAGCGCAAUACUAUAAUAUACAGUCCACUUGCAGCUACAUACUUGUUAACCAACUUGUACAUGGUCCUUCGAGCCGUCAACGGAAUCAGAAGGAAGAAGUUCAACAUUUGGGGAUCACGUCCACAUCAACUAUUAACUUCAAAUCUGCAUCAUAUAAAAUGGAAAAGAGUUCUGCAUCUAGCGUUCCAAAAUGUCGCGUCUGUGACGACCGACAUUUCCUCACGUCUUGUCCAAAGUUUCUUCGCAUGCCAGUGGUUAAGAGAAGGGAAGUAGUGAAGGAGAAGGGCUUCUGCUUUAACUGCCUUUGCACGGCACACACGAGGCACUGGUGUCCGUCGAGAAAAACGUGCAUGGUGUGCCAAAAUCACCAUCACACACUUAUACACAUGGAUGCAGCUGCAAAAAGAACAGUUCACAACAGCAGACCUCAAACUCCAUCACGAUCCAAAUCUGUAGACCAAAGACGUCCAUCUUCAUCUACACAACGGAAGAAAUCAUGCGUUGACGAGCGCCUCAGCCGACGGACAAAAACGCACGUUUUUCUGCCCACUGCCCUGGCACGAUGUCUUACUCCGAGAGGUCCAGAGAAAACAAGGGUCCUAUUGAACUCAGGCGGCAUUCAAACAAUAAUUGUACGAGGCUUGGUUGAAAGACUACACCUCAACACAACAAGAAAAGAUGGAAAAGAAUACUGCACGCUCAAUCUGCAGUCUUACCAAGACCCCACUGCCAAAAUACAAGUGUCUGGUGUAGUAAAGCCGCAGCUGAAUAUGAUGCUUCCAACAACGGUGUCAGAUGAGAAAUUAAAGAAGACCUAUGACCAGAUAACCGACUUAGCGGAUCCACACGUCUUUGCACCAAAGAACAUCGAGGUCGUAAUUGCUAACGAUCUGCUUCCCAAGAUUUUAAAGGCCGGCAUGAUACAAACCUCCUCUACGAUGCCCAUCGCCCAAAGCACCAUCUUUGGGUGGACAAUUUCUGGUCCCUGUCAAUAUUAA